CAUAUGGGUGAGGAUGGUCAAAAUGGAACUGUGGAAAUUAUACCAAACUGAAGACAAACAACCGGAUCCGAGCUCAGUUAUAUUUGGGGGCUGUCACUCCAAAACUACAAUUCCCAGAAUGCAUUUCACGAGUACAGGCGUGUCAUAAAAGCUCAGUUAUACAAGCUCAGUGUGGUAGCAGGAACCUGUUUUCCAUAGGUUCCUAGCUAAGUUAACCAAGGUGGAACAAAAGGCCCCUCCCCAAGAAAUCAAGCUCUGGGAUUGGAGUUUGAGCUCAGCCUCCAGAUGGGACCGGAAUUUACCUUUGUACUCCAGGCAGUCCUGGGUUGGUGGUGCCUGACUGGGUGUGUCCAGAACUGGCUGCCAUCCUGACGACUCAGAGCUGCUAGCAGGUUCUGUGAACAGCCGCCAUGGCCUCUGGGCUGGCAGAAGAGUCUGAACCAAGUUCUGGGGAGUCUGAGCUGGCAGUGAACCCCUUUGAUGGGCUCCCCUUCUCUUCCUGCUACUAUGAGCUUCUUGAGCAGCGUAGAGCCUUGCCCAUCUGGGCUGCUCGCUUCCUGUUCUUGGAGCAUUUGGAAAGUAGCCCCACUGGAGUGGUGCUGGUGUCUGGGGACCCUGGCUCUGGCAAGAGCACCCAGAUUCCUCAAUGGUGUGCAGAGUUUGCGCUGGCCAGAGGAUUCCAAACAGGACAGGUUACAGUCACUCAGCCCUACCCUCUGGCAGCCAUGAGCCUGGCUUCAAGGGUAGCUGAUGAGAUGGACCUGACCCUGGGUCAUGAGAUUGGAUACAGCAUCCCUCAGGAAGAUUGCACUGGGCCUAACACCAUGCUCAGGUUUUGCUGGGACAGGCUAUUUCUGCAGGAAGUAGCCUCGACCCGGGGCCCUGGAGCCUGGAGUGUGCUGAUACUGGAUGAGGCUCAGGAGCGGGAGCCUGGCGGAAAUCCCACCCUUGCCUACAAGGACACUGUCCCUACUGACCUAGUGGAAGCUGCCUGCCAAGCUGUGCUUGAGCUGUGUCAGCGGGAAGAGGUACCAGGAGAUGUGCUGGUGUAUCUGCCUAGUGAGGAGGAAAUUUCUCUGUGCUGUGAAUCCUUGUCCAGGGAGAUGGGGAUGUUGGCUGCCCCAGGACCUACUCCAAGGGUGCUACCCCUUCACCCCGGCUGUGGGCAAGCCAUCCAGACUGUGUAUGAAGACACAAGAGUGAGUGUCCGGAAGAUCGUGGUCACUCAUUGGCUGGCAGAUUUCUCCUUCUCCCUUCCUUCUGUCCGACAUGUCAUUGACUCGGGACUGGAACUUCGCAGUGUUUACAAUCCUCGGAUACGGGCAGAAUCCCAGGUGUUGAGACCAAUUAGCAAGUGUCAGGCAGAGGCAAGACUGCUGCGGGCCAGGGGGUUCCAACCAGGAUCCUGCCUCCGCCUGUACUCUAAGUCCACCCUAGAACUAGAGGCUCCCCCACUGCCCCACCCCAAAGUAUAUGAAGAGAAUCUGAGCUCCCUGGUGUUGCUACUAAUGAGGAAACAGAUUGCAGAGCCAGGGGAGUGCUGCUUCCUGGACCGGCCUGCACCAGAAUCACUGAUGCAGGCCCUGGAAGACUUAGACUACCUGGCUGCGCUGGAUGAUGGUGGGGGCCUGUCAGACCUUGGAAUCAUCCUGUCGGAGUUCCCCCUGCCCCCGGAGCUGGCCAAAGCCCUGCUGGCCUCCUGCGAGUUUCACUGUGUGGAUGAGAUGCUCACUCUGGCUGCCAUGCUCACGGCCGCUCCUGGGUUUACCCGGCCUCCGCUUUGUGCAGAAGAAGCUGCCUUGCGUCGGGCUCUGGAACACGCAGAUGGCGAUCACAGCUCUCUGAUCCAGGUCUAUGAUGCCUUUGUACAAAGUGGAGCAGAUGAAGCUUGGUGUCAGGCUCGGGGUCUAACCUGGGAGGCAUUGUGUCAAGCCCACAAACUCCGAGCCGAGCUUGUGGACCUCAUGCAGCGGAUUGAGCUUCCCCUGUCCCAGCCAGCCUUUGGCUCCGAGCAGAACCGCAGAGACCUUCAGAAAGCACUGCUGUCAGGAUACUUCCUCAAGGUGGCCCGAGACACGGAUGGGACAGGAAAUUAUCUGCUUCUCACCCAUAAACAUGUAGCCCAGCUGUCUCCAUACUGCAGCUACCGAAACCGCAGGACUCCAGCCCAGCCACCCACAUGGGUGCUGUACCACAGCUUCUCCAUAUCUAAAGACAACUGCCUUUGCAUUGUCUCUGAGAUUCAGCCUGAGAUGCUUCUGGAGAUCGCCCCUCCUUACUUCCUGAGUAACUUGCCCCCCAGUGAGAGCAGAGACCUCCUGGACCAGCUGAGAGAAGGAACAGCAGAGCCGUCAGCAGUGACUGAAACUUCCUCUCCCCAAGAGUAUGGAGACAGCUGUGUUCUGCAGUGAGCUGACUAAGAAAUGGAGGCAGCCUCAUCACAUAGUGCCAAGGCGGUCGGCCAACUUAGAGACCCAAAGUGUAGGGCAAAGACACUCCUAGCACCCACGAGCCAAGAAUGUUAGGAGGGAGCAAACAGAGCCGCAGUUCAGAACAAGGCAACCCUUUCCGUCCCUGUCCAUAGGCAGGGAGCCCAUGUUGCUCACCCCAGCCACAUGUUGCCCCACACAACCUUGUCUCCUUGGGACUAUAAAAGAUUUUGGGGGCCUGGAGAGAUGGCUCAGGGUUUAAGUAAGAGCACUGACUGCUC